AUUUCAACGACGUAAUAAAGACGUAACGAACGAACCGUGAAAUGUAACGUGACAUUUUGGCACAUUUUAUCGUUAUACGAUAAAAAUCCUUUAGAAAAUAAUUUUGAUUAUUAUAAAGAUUUAAUUUCUUAACGUGAAGGUGUAUUCUUACGGAUUAGCCCGUUGGGCUCUUUCGGCCCAAGAGACUGGAGAGAUGUCGAUUCGGGCCGCAACUUAUCGUCUCAUACAAAAUGGUCGGGUCUUACUACGUACCCUUAGAAAUAAAGAAAAUUUAUGUUCUAACGAUUAUCCGAAGAAUUACCUCAACAAGAUACACGUUGUGCAAGUAGGCAAAUCCCAGGGCCAUCAGCCCCAAGGGAAUAGCACUAAUGUCUCCACAACAGGUAGACAUUUUGGGUUCUUGGGAUCCCAUGCAAGACGUUUAUUUGUUGAUAAUAUCUUAAAAAGAGUCACAAGUAGGCUUGCUGCUGAUUUACGAAAACGUGCAGCUAGACGUCUUGUGUUCGGUGAUUCUGCUCCAUUUUUUGCACUUGUUGGUACAUCGUUAGCAUCAGGAAGUGGAAUAUUAACGAAAGAUGAUGAAUUGGAAGGAGUUUGCUGGGAAAUUCGUGAAGCAAUGUCAAAAUUGCAAUGGAACUUGCCUCAAAAUGAUAAAAAUUAUGAUAUAACUAAAACCGAUGAAGAUGGUAUAAGUUUGAAAGAUUUUGAAAUUGGUCCUAUCAUUGCUAAAGGUUGCUCUGCUGCUGUAUAUUCAGCAAGAUAUAAAGAAACUACGCAUAUUGAAAACGUCAUUCAAUCAGAUACUAAUGGCAAGAAUAAAGAUGUACAUUUAUUUCCUUUGGCAUUAAAAAUGAUGUUCAAUUAUGAUGCAGAAUCAAAUGCAACAAUAAUACUUAGAGCUAUGUAUCGUGAAACUAUUCCUGCCAGGAAUCGGUAUAACAACGAAGAAUUAGCAGAAUGGGAACAAAGGAUGGCUGAAAAUAUGUCUGUGUUACCUCCUCAUCCUAAUAUUGUAGUAAUGUAUUCUGUAUUUGCUGAUACAGUCCCAGCUUUACCAGGGUCAUGGGUAAUAUAUCCUGAUGCUUUACCAGCACGAAUUAAUCCUCAUGGAUCUGGCAGAAAUAUGAGCCUUUUUUUGUUGAUGAAAAGAUACGACACUACUUUGAAAGAAUAUUUAUAUACACACACUGUGAAUAUACGCGAAUCAAUACUAUUAUUAGCUCAGCUAUUGGAAGGAAUUGCACACUUAAAUGCUCAUGGCAUAGCACACAGAGACCUCAAGAGUGAUAAUAUACUACUUGAUUUAUCAGAGGAGACUGAUAAUUGCCCUUCUUUGGUAAUCACUGAUUUUGGCUGUUGUUUAGCCGAUAAAACUUAUAGUUUAUAUAUGCCUUAUAAUACUGACAACAUCGACAAAGGUGGCAAUAUAGCACUAAUGGCACCAGAGGUUAUAUCAGCAAAACCAGGGCCUUUCACAAGUAUAAAUUAUACUAAAGCAGAUCUUUGGACUGCUGGCACUAUAGCUUAUGAAAUUUUUGGUGAAAAGAAUCCAUUCCUUGAAAGUUCUGAUGAAAAGGCUGUACUUAAAAAUCAUUGUUAUAAAGAGCAGCAUCUUCCUUCACUUUCAAAUGAUGUUCCAAAUAUUAUUGUUGCUUUGAUAAAUAAUAUGCUUUCGAGAAAUUUUUCUAAGAGACACACUACAGAAAUGGCAGCAACAAUAAUGCAAUUGUAUUUAUGGGCACCUAGUUCAUGGUUUAGAACUGAAGGCAAAGUACCUUCUAGUAAUGAAAUCAUGGAGUGGCUACUGUGUUUGACAACCAAAGUCCUUUGUGAAGGCCGUAAUAGUUCACUGUUAUUAAGAAAAACAUUAAAUGAUGAAAAUGAACAAAGUUCCUAUCGACAAUUGUUAUCAACACGUUCAUCUGGAAGACGCACAAUGCCAGAAUAUCAAUUGAUUGCCAGUUUUCUCGGUAGAGUUACUCUCUCAAAUGUUAGAAAUGCUUUACGAUGGAUACAAAAAAAUAUUUAAUAACUGUAUUGUUUUAAAACAAACAAUAUAAAGUUACUUACUUCUAUUAUUUAUAAAAACACACAAUUGUAUUACACAAAGAACUCUGUUUUAUUUAUAUGAUAUAGAACAGUUGUUAAUAAGAUCGAUAUUAGUCUUGAAACAUCAGUUGUGAAAAAUUUUUUAAUGUUUUAUCUUUACUAUUCUGCAAACAUAUUGUCGACUUUUGUUUUUUUUAAAGUAUAUUUUUGAUACUUCAAAGAAAACAAAAAAAAAGUUAAUGUGACGCUAUUACAUAUGUAAAAUAAAAAGCAAUAAUAAAAAUAACAAAUUUAAAAUUU